AUGGGGAUCACCAUCCCCUCCUCGAGGUCUCCUCCGACCGCUCCUCUCCACAUCACGGCUACGUUUCCAUGGGUAGCACGCUACAGAGUAGAUCAUGCGGAGGUCCGCCACCGACCCAAGACAGCAGAUCGUGCCGAGGUCCACAGCCACCAAGGUCUACCUUUCCCUAAGAGGAAUCAUCUCAAUUCCCCACCAUCAAGGUCUACCUCCUCCUCUGCGGCGUCAUCUCGCUACGCCGCCAAGGUCCUCCCCAUGAUCCUCUGCCACCUCCUCAGGCCCGACCAUGCCCCGUGCGUAUGGUUUUCAUGUUCACCCAGCAGUUGCCGUCCUCCUUCUCCUAGCUUCGGUGUGGGGUCCUCGCAUGCGCCGUCGCAGGAUCAAACCUCGCUCUACCACCCGACUGGAAGAUGGACUUUACUUAAUUCUCACUUAUGUUUGUGUGGAAACAGAUUACUACUCAAGCAAGUUGUUACCAUGGAGGUGAUCCAGUGGACAAAAUUGUGGGAAUUCUUCAAGGAUGAAUAUGAGAACGAGAAGAAUCUCCUUGGAGGAGCUUUAGGCACAAAAGCUGCGGAGGAUUUGAAGCUGAGGAUCAUUGAACAUAAUAUCUUGGUUGUUUCGAAGUACUAUUCGAGGAUUUCUCUGAAGAGGCUGGCGGAUCUUCUUUGCCUGAGCUUGCAGGAGGCAGAGAAGCAUAUCUCGGACAUGGUGAACUCAAAGGCCCUGAUUGCAAAGAUCGACACACCAAUGGGGAUCGUGUCCUUCCGGACAGCCCAGGACAGCAAUGGGGUGCUCAACUCAUGGGCAUCGAACCUGGAGAAGCUCCUGGACCUGGUGGAGAAGAGCUGCCACCAAAUACACAAGGAGACGAUGAUCCAAAAGGCGGUGUUGAAAGCCUGAAAACCAUUUUGAACUGAAUGGCCUUGUGUAGGUUGUGUGCGUAGUAGACUCUCUAUGGAUCUGAAUUCACUAUCGCUGGAUGGGUAAAACAAUUCUCCGCUCAA